GCGCACCCGUGCAUCGACACGAAAAAAGUGUAUGACAGCUUGUUGCGACGAAGAUGUACGAUCGGAACAGACUUAGAAAAAUUUAAACUAAUUAAAUCAAUCUGAUAAGCAUGUCAUCAGAAGACAAAUGCCCUGUAGAUCAUGAAAAACGAGCAACAUGGUUGAGUGCUAUGAAUUCCAAACUGGUGACUACUGACGGGACGCAAUCAGCAGAGCCGCGAGGAGCCGUGGAACAGCCGAAAUGUCCAGUUGACCACAGUACAAGACAAAAUUGGGUAGGAAACAUCUCUGUUUCAACACAGGCAGCCUCUGAAGCUGUAGAGCUUGAUUCUGGGUGCACGUCUGAGACAAUUAAGAAUGACCCCAAAUACACCUCUUCCACUAACUUGCCUACGGAACGAGAGAUAAGUUCCAUCCCCAGAACAGACAAUCGUUCUAACUGGAUUUAUCCUUCACAAAAACAAUUUUAUGAGGCCAUGAAGCGGAAAAACUGGUCCCCCCAAACCGAAGAUAUGAACACCGUUGUCCCUAUCCACAAUCAAGUCAAUGAACUUGCAUGGAAACAUAUUCUAAAUUGGGAGAGAGCGCACAUACAAGAGGCAAAAGAAAAAUGCGGCGGAGUUUCUUUGACAAGUUUCAAAGGUGACCUGAAAAAGCUUACCCCACGUGCAUGGUUCAAAAUGGCUGUAUUGGGUCAAGAAAAGCCUUUUGACAGGCACGACUGGUUGGUUGACCGCUGUGGGGUAUCAGUGCCUUACGUCAUUGACUUUUACAGUGGUGGAGAAAAUGGUGGCGUUUUCGUGGACGCUCGCCCGAAGAUUAACUCAUGGGAAGGGUUCAAAUUGAGAGCUGGCCGGGCGUUUGGGAUUUUCUGAUAUCUGUCAAUACUUCAAGACGCGGGCAAGAAGACAAACGCUGCGAAAAUGUAAAUAGUAUAGGACAUGUCAUAAUCAGAAUGUCAUAGCAUGUGGUCAACUGUCUUACAUUGCAUUAUUUACCUUCUAAUGAGAAUGGAAUGGUCGAGCCUCUAGAAAAAUUGACGCCAAUGAGGUCUAUUCAUUGUUACUAUAUACCAAGGAUGCUUCUUAUACUCUUUAUCUGCCCAUGAAUUGGCCGGAUUGGCCCAACUUUUGCAUGUUCUCACCAACUUGAACGUUCGUCUCAAAGUACUUCGAAACGCAUCUGUCUAAGCAAAGA